GAACCCCACUUCACUUGCUUCCCCAUUCCCCAACCCCUGUUGCGAUUACAAAAAGGGCCGAAAGCCCCAAGCAUAACGGAGAGCGCCUCCUCCUCCCUCCUCGUAUCUCCCAGCCUCGGCUUUGCUCCAAAGCAGAGUAGGAGGAGGAGUAUUCUAUAGUGGCUCCCUAGAACAGAGCAGCAGAGCAGAGGGGGAGAAGAGAUGAAGCGGACGAGAGCGCAGAACCCCAAGCUCCAGGACCCGCUGGACCCCUCCGCCGCCGUCGCCGCCACCCCCAACCCCAAGCCGCAGCGCCGGGCCAAGCAGCCCCGCCAGCCCAAGGCUCCAGCCAAGAAGACCUCCUCCGCCUCCUCUGCCGCAGCUGCCGCUGUCGAUGCGGCUCGCGAUGCUGCUGCUGCGGCGGCCGCAUCUCCGGCUGUUUCCUCCGGAGCAGACAUGGCGGCCACCGUGCCGGACGUGUGCAGCCGAGGCGGAGAAGAGCUGGCGGCGGCGCAGCCUGGAGCGGAGUGGGAGUACCAGCUGGACGGCGGCGGGCUGCUGAGCAACGGCGAGGGGUCGUGGUGGACGUUCGGCGUGGAGGAGGAGAAGCUGCUGGGGUGGUUCCCCUUCGUGGAGGAGGACUUCUUCCGGUGCCGCGGCGCCGACGCCGAGUUCGACGACGACAUCUGGAGGAUCCACCAAAUCUACGAGAUCCCCAGCUACGCCGCCAAGUGAAAGAUCUAAUCUGCAUUUGGUGUUCUUCUUAGGAGACGGGGGAACGGACUACUAAUCCAGCUUGUUGUCUUAGGCGAGCUUAACUCAGCUAGUUAAACGAUGAAAGCUACGCAUUGAAUGCAAUUCCAAGUGCUCUUUCGUUGCUCUCUC